AUGGAAGUGGCUGGACUUGGAGACGAUAUAAUGGUCCUUGGCCCCAACUUUAUGUCCCAGUGCUCAACACGAGACUGCUUUUCAUUCUGUGGUAUUCCAAUCACUGCUUGGUUAUUUCGUUUCGCCCCUGCUGGCGUUUAUGCCCAUUCGUUGCUGGAAUGUGAAGAUGUGGAAGCGUUGUUUAACAAGCCGUCGACACACUGGGAUAGCAAGACAAGCAGCAGUCAAAGCAACAUAUCGUUGUCCUCUAACAUUCAAAGGCCAUUCUCCUAUACGGACAUGGUGGCUUCACCAUGUGAAGGGGCUGCAGGUGAUCAUGCGGACGAUAGUCCACCUAAUGCUCGAGCUAAUGAUAAUGUGUACAAGCGUCCUGGCACAUUGGAUUUACCGGGUUUUGCAGAACCAGGUUCAGCGAAUGAAAAGCAGGAAAUACAGGGGCCGGAACUAACCAAUUUCAAUGCAGAUGAAUUCAUUGCUGACCUUCCAUUCAAGUUGGAUCUGUUGUCAAAUUGGAUUUUUUCUUUCGUUUUUUAUGAUAUUUCGUAUCCCAAUAUAAAGAAUGCUUGUGAUUACUCUGUGGGAUGCUUGCUUACCUGA